AUGUGGGUUGAUGGGCUGUGCCCGGAACACGGGCGUGACGCGUUAGUCCCACGCUGGCAUUCGGCAGGGAACGGAUACGAGGAGUGGUGGAGUACCUGCGGCAGUGCAGCUCAGGUGCAGUUGUUGCAAACUGAGAAUGUGUCACCGGGCUGCAGAGCGUUUUUGAGCGGUAACAUCAGGCCAACGAAAAAAGCCAGACUGGACGUGUUGCCGGGAUCGGGAAUUGCUGGCGGACAGUGCGGUCUGUCGAAGGUUCUUCCGUGCGAUAUCAAUGGAACAUCGAGACGGAUGCACCGCUUGAGAACGAAGGGCGAACUGGUGCGUAAUGCGGGCUUGCUACCGUACAUACAUUUUGGGCGACUUAUUGCAGAUCAUGAACGCAUACGAAGAUGGCAGCUUCGCACGCAUAUAACGGAAAACUAA